AUGAUAAAUACCAAUAAUGUUACAAUACAAAUAUAUAAUAAUGGGAAUCCACGUAAAUCAAUGAAGGUGCAUUAUUUAAGGAAAGAAACCGACCGAAGGAAAUUCAUGCAGAUGUGCUCAGCAGUUUUAGAAAUAAGAGCGUCUAGGAUAUUUGAUCAAUCAGGCAAGGAGAUUUUGGACAUAGACAGGAUCUAAAUGGGAGGGAAUUAUUUCAUAUCCAGCGGAGAGGAGUUCAAUAAUUAUAAUUCUAAUUUUUAAAAUUCUUCAGCAGAAUCAAAAUAAUUAGUUUAAUACAGGAUUUCAUUGUUGGGAAUGGGUUCUGUUGGAAAAUCCAAUUUGACCACUCGAUGGGUUAACAAUGAAUUUUUUGAAGAAUACAGUCUCACUCUUUUGGAUAAAUACACAAAAAGAGUAAUCGUAGGUGAGUAACAAUGCCAAAUCGAAAUAUCGGACACCUGUGGUUAAGAAGCAUACACAUCCUUGAGAACCCAAUGGAUGAAGGAUAAGGAAGGGUUGAUAUUCACAUAUGCAAUCAACUCUUUAGAAAGUUUUGAAGAUAUCAAAAACACUUUGUUGUUAUUUUAAUAGUUAUUUAAGAUGCAAGAUUAUGUUCCAUCCAUUGUUAUUGUUGGAAAUAAAACUGAUUUAGCUUCUGAAAGAGUUAUUGCCUACGAUGAAGGAAAGUAGUUGGCUGCUUAAUUCAAAGCACUCUUUUAUGAGACCUCAGCCAAGAAUGGAUCCAAUGUCAAUUAAAUGUUUACUGGCCUUAUUAAUGAUAUCAUUCAAUAAAAACAAUUCAAAAAAGUGGAGGAAGACGUCUAAAAUUAAAAACCAGGAUGGUGCUCAUUAAUAUGA